AUGAGUCAACAACCAAGACGACGCUUUCCUGAAAACUACAUGGUUAUUUGGGUUGAUGGAAAUAUGGAUUUGACCAAUAAAGAUUACCAAAAUACAAUGGACCAACUGCGUAGCGUCGUGAACCAAGUCAGUCUGUGUACAACAGCUGAAGAAUGUAUUCAACAGCUGAAUGAAAAUCCUGAAGAGAUAUCAUUUGUUAUCUCCUCAGGUGCACUUGGACAACAUCUUGUACCAAGCAUCCACGGCAUGACAAAAUUGAAUGCUAUAUUCAUAUUUUGUCGUAAGAAAGAACAGCAUCAAGUAUGGGCCCAAAAUUGGGCAAAAAUCAAAGGUGUUCACACAACAAUCAAACAUAUUUGUGAAAAAUUGGCCAUAGCAACCAAACAAUGCAAUCAAGAUCAUAUGUCGCACGUUUUUUAUUUAAUUGCCAUGGCUGAUAAGGAUGAUUCUAUAGCUAACUUUGUCAACGUAAAUCGUCGUUUAUGGAAUGACAAAGUUGAUUAUCAUGUUGUAUCACCAAUGUAUAAUGUGGCUGGUUUUCUUGCUGGUGCUAAUUCAUUAAAUAAAAUUGAAAGUGAUUUAUUAGGUAACAUACAAGGUCAACGUAUUCUUCAUUUACAAUGUCAUUUUGGACUUGAUUCACUUUCGCUUGUUCGAUGUGGUGCACAACAUGUUACUGGAGUUGAUCUAUCCGAUCGAGCUAUUGACAAAGCUCGAGAAUUAGCUGAAACUCUUAAUCUUACAACAUCGACAAGAUUUAUCUGUUGUAAUAUCUAUGAUUUGCAAGAACAUUUAUCAUGUGAUCAAGAUGAACUAUUUGAUAUUGUUUACACUUCUUAUGGUGUUACUGCUUGGUUACCUGAUAUUAAUAAGUGGGCAUCUUUAAUUUCUCGAUAUUUGAAACCAAAUGGUAUUUUUAUUAUAGUAGAAUUUCAUCCUGUUCUAUGGAUGUUUGAUGAUAUGUUUUCACGUAUUGAAGAAUCAUAUUUUAAUCAGAAAGCGAUCAUUAGUCAAUGUAAUGGUUCUUAUGCUGAUCGUAAUGCUCCAAUAUCGAAUUCAAGUGUUGAAUGGAAUCAUAGUCUUAGUGAAAUUGUUCAAGCACUUAUUGAUCAUGAUCUUCGAAUUAAUGUUCUACAAGAAUUCGAUUAUUCACCAUAUGAUUGUUUUCUAAAUACUGUUAAAACAGACGACGGAUUUUAUCGAAUUAAAGGUUUGGAAAAGAAAUUACCUAUGAUAUAUGCUAUCAAAGCUACUAAAUCUGUUUAA